GAAGGAAGGAAGGGAGUGUGUGUGUUAGUUUGAUCCACCUGGAUGACAGCGGCUUUUGAACUGUACGUUUAUUUAUUUAAUUGACCGAAUAAAAUGACUCGGUAUUUGACGUGUAACAGCGUAUAAUGGGACACCAGUGCUAAAGCGGUUGCUUUUGACUUUUUCGAAUGUCAAAGUCAGCGUCGUCUUGGAGACGCGUUUAUUCAUUUCCUGUUGCUGAACCUUAGCAACUUCACUUCCCGUCCUCGUUUUGGGAUGUUAAAUAGUAUUUGGCAACGUGUGUGAAGAUGAGUGUGACCUCGUGGUUUCUGGUGAGCAGCUCGGGGACACGGCACCGUCUGCCACGUGAGAUGAUUUUUGUUGGCCGAGAGGACUGUGAGCUGAUGCUGCAGUCUCGCAGUGUGGACAAACAGCAUGCUGUAAUCAACUAUGACCCGGUCAGAGAUGAGCACCUUGUUAAAGACCUGGGCAGUCUGAAUGGGACAUUUGUGAAUGAUCUUCGCAUCCCCGACCAGACCUACAUCACCCUGAAGCUCUCCGAUGUCGUUCGUUUUGGAUACGAUUCUCAUGUUUAUAUCAUGGAGCGAAGCCAACACAAAGUCCCAGAGGAGGCUCUCAAGCAUGAGAAGUACACGAGUCAGCUGCAGGUGGGUGUAAAUCCUCUGGAGCUCAGGAAGACCGAGCAGGUGGAUGAGAAGAGCAGCGCUGCAGAGAUGUCGCUCUCCAAACAGGAAAAGAACGAACGCAGACCCAAUACAGAGCCAGCAGUCUUUAAGCCCACUCCGUUGUAUGGCCAGCCCUCAUGGUGGGGUGAUGUUGAUGAAGACCACAAGGGAGAGUCUGCUAAAUCAAGCUACAGUCACAAUAGUACAGAGAAACUGAAGGAAGACUCCAGACAAGAGGUUAACGGACAGUCCCCUGAACAUCAAGGAAAGACCAUUUACUCCAGUCGAAGGGACGCAAGUUACUUUGAAAUUACUGCCAAGGAAUUGCAAUUAAGGGCUAAAACUACAGAGCAAGAGGUCCAGGUGAUCCCAACAAAGGACACAGUGAAUAAAGUACCACCUACCCCCCCUGUAGUGCAAAGCCAUGCCUCUUUCACUAUCGAGUUUGACGAUUGCACUCCUGGAAAGAUUAAAAUCAAAGACCACGUUACAAAAUUCUCCUUCCGCCAACGCAAGAACCCCAGCAAGGAGUCACUCGUCACUCCGACGGAGGUGAUGUCAUCAGAGAGCAAGGUGGCCGAUUGGCUGGUGCAGACCGACACAAGCGUGAUGAGGAGAAGUUCCAGAUCAGAUGAUCUCUACACCACUAAGAGUGACCUUUCCACAAGCAAAAAUACUCUGAAAGAUGGACACCAUCAUUUGGAUGGAACACAAAAUGAUUCUGAAGAUCCUGUCUCAAGUCAGCAGGACCUCUCAAGAGAGUUGACACAACAAGAACCUUUCACUCCUCCAGAGAGGGAGGAACCUCCCGUGACCUCCACACCACGGUGUCAAACACAGUCUAAAACUGACCCCUAUCAAGCAUUUGCCAUUAAUUUCCUUGAAGAUCACAUUCCCAGAAGUCGCUCUCAGUCCUUUAACAAUAACAUCACUCCAGCGGAAACCCACGUGGCCCACAAAAGAAGAACAGAGAAGCCUAUAGGAUCUGUCCAAUCUGGAGAGAGUUUACCUUCCUCAGCAUUACCAAACACACCAACUCAGCGAAGUAUUGUUCCUCUCAAAGGUUCUGAUGGUUCUUCAAGAGCAGGAUUACUGAGAAGAGAGAAGAGCGAUCUUCUCGGCAGUACUUCAAACUUUUCUUCUCGCUCAGCUUCCUCAAAACCAUUUGCAAGCGUUGGUCGCAAGUCCAGAAUGGCACUGGAUUUUAUGACCGAGAUUCUUAAGGGGUCAAAAUCGAAUUCCACAGCUAAAUCAGAGAAAUCACGCUCAAAAACCUCCAGCAUAGUCUCUGUGGUAGCAGAUCAAUCUAGCCAAUCUCAGCCCUCAGCCAUGGAUCAGACCCAUGUCUUAUCACCUUCCCAACAGCUAGACCCUUCAGAACCCCUAGUUACAUCCACAUCUAUCAGUUGCACAGAUGGGAAGACCCUUAAAGGUUCUAAGCAAGAGGAGGAGGACACCUUGAGUGAUGCUGGGACCUACACCAUUGAGACAGAGGGGCAUGAUAAAGAGGUGGAGGAGGCACGUAACAUGAUUGAUCAGGUGUUUGGUGUUCUUGAGUGUCCUGAACACAGCAGUCUGCCUUCAGCAGCAUCAGAGUAUAGGUCUGUAGAGGGUGACAGGGAGGCCCAGGAUAGCCUUCCACUUAGAGAGAAUAGUCCCAGCCCAACAAUGGGUCAUAAUCCAGGCUGUAGGGACCCGGACAUUGGUCCAGCACAGGUGGGAUCAGUGGUAUUGACUACAGGAGAAACUAAAUGGGCUUCACGUUGGGCUAGUUUAGCUGACAGCUAUUCUGACUCUAGACCAAUUUCCACACAAAUCAAUAUGUCUACGCAGAUGGAGCUUUCAGGAGUCGAGCAAAUUAACCCUCACUCGAUGCAUAACCGAACCAACGAGAGUCUGGGGGCAGAGGAUGGCCAGACUUUCAGAGCACGACGAAUUCUACCUCAGUUGCCUACAAGAGGGGAGGGUCAAGUGCCUCCACCUAGUAUUCAUGUGGAUUCAGAAUCUUACCUGACGUAUGAAAGUGUGGAGAGAAACAUAGAAGGUUCACUUGAAAAAGAUGAUCAGAAACUGUGUGUCACGGAUGAUCUAGAUCCAGACAGUCUAAGUGAUGCUAGCAAGUCAGAUGAUGGUUCCAUCAUAGAGCUGGGUAGAAGUACUAGCACUGGGAAACCAGACAGGACUUUGGAGGUUAAUGUUGAAGCAUCAUCUAAGAAAGAUUCAACUGCAGACAAAGUGGUAAAGGAUCUGGAUUGUUCCACAAAGUUCUCUACAGCCACCAUAACUAGACAGCAUGGCAGCUGGAAGUCUGGCGAUUCCAGUCUUUCUCCACCUUGCAAGGAUGCCUCUGCAGGCAUGGAAAAUGCUGUGUCCCUCAUCAGACAAGAGAGCUUUACCAAACAUCGGUCCAGCGACGACAUUCACUUUAUGAAAUUGCCCCAUAUCUCAAGUCCGGAAUCUGGCAAUGAUACAAAUGCAUUCGAAGGUGUGUGCAACCAGGACACUCAGUCUUACCUUAAAGAGACAGAGAAUGCGCUUGCUGUUUUAGAGGCCAAACUCCAUGUGCAGAAGCCCAACCAUGCCCCUUGCCCUAAGGAGGACUCCCUUUCUGGAGAAUCGGAUGUAGACACGUCCAGUACAGUCAGUCAGCGUAGCAGUAAAAAUUCUGGUACUUCUGCCCCUAAAAAGCCAGUGAUCCUCACUGAGCUACUGAAAGGGAAAAGAACUCCUUGUCAGCGUGCUCAAGAGAAUAACUUAUCUGGAGAUCCACAGUCCAGGAAGAACAGAGUUAGUUUAACAGACAGUAACUAUAAAGAAUCGACUUCUCGGGGCUCCAUCUCACGUCAAUGGUCUGAUGCUGUUUCUGACCAGGAGUUCAGCUCCCAGCCUGUUCAUAGAAAGUACACCGUACCGCUUCAGAAUGAAAGCUCUAGGAGAUCCAGCAAAAGCUCAGUGGCCCAAGCACUAAUUCGCACUGCCAGCCUUAGUGCACCGAAGCCUACUAGGACGUCCAUGCUGCGCCGCGCACGCCUAGGUGAUGCUUCCGACAACGAUGGUACAGAGACUGACCGCACCUCCCAGAACUCGGAUUCCAAUCCGUCUUCCACCAGAACCCAGGAGAGCAAGAAGCUUUCUCGUUUGGACAUACUAGCAAUGCCAAGAAGGAGAACCAGCUCUUUUAAUACCCCCAGUGAUACAGAGUCCUCGGCUGGUAGGACUGGCUUUGUUCACCGCUCAGAGGUCGAGUCUGGUUUUUCAGCACGUAAGGUUUCAGUACCUGACCCCAAGACUGGUACACAGAGGAGUUCUGGGACAACAGGCAGGCAACCAAUCAUCCGUGGGAGAUCCAGCAGUGCAAAAUAUGUCAGCAGUACAGCCAGCUCCAGGAGGCGUCAGAAGGGCUCAGACUACGCCUCCACUUCAGAGGACGAGUAUGAAUCUAAACAUAGCAUCACUAAACAUAAACGCUCCCACCAUUCAGGAGCCUCGCACAGAACCCAGACUCUCGAACAGGUUCGGCCUCAGUCCAGAAGCAGAGACUCUGAAACGGAGGGACACGAGAGUGACAAUUACCAAAACUGGACAACUCAUAGUGCGGAAAUCGCCAGGCUGAGUCAGGACCUGGCUAAAGACUUGGCCAUCCUGGCCCAGGAAAUUCAUAAUGUUGCUGGUGAUGGUGAAUCUCAAAGUACUGCCUCUUCUGAUGCUGUGGAGUCUGUAUCUGCUAACAAGGAGUUACGUCAACAGAUUCCUGAGACCAGCAUGCGAAAAGUUCUACAAAGUUCAGCUAUGGACAGAAAUCCUGAACAGACUAUUAAUGAUCAAGGGUUCAAGCACCAAAGCUGGAAACAGGAACAGGUUGCUCUGGACAAUUCCAUGCUGAACCCUGUGUCCCAGCUAUCCAUGGCUAUACGAGAAAACACUGACCAACUGACUGAGAAGAUUAAGCUUUUGUUCCAUAAUAAGACCGAGGUGUGGGAGAGAGUAGAAACAAUGCUCGAUGCUGAUGAUGAUUCUCCACCUUUGGAAAGUCCCAACAAGGAAAUAAUGUCUAUUAUUCGAGAUCUCCGGGGAAUACAGAAGCGGCUAGAAGUCAUCAACACGGUCAUUGAACCCAGUGGAAAUGUAAAUCCGGUCAAGUCUUCAUCGGUAUCAAGCAACUCAUCAGCAGGUCAAAUCAGCCUCAGAGAUUCUCCCAGAGACUGGAGAGCCUCUGCUUCCCAGCGGUCUGCAGCAUCCACAGCCAGUGCUCGACGCUUUGGUAGGGGGAAUGAUGGUAGGGUUCUGUAGCACGAGAGUAAGGACGUUGUUCGUCUACUGCCAUGUCUAUUAAAGCUGCUCAUUUGUACACAAUGGUGUAAGAAUCAGUUCUUGGCGUGGCCUUAAGACUGGGGUCUGGUAUUAAUGUGCGCAUUUAUACUUGAGCGUGUUUAUGAGCAUGCGUGUACACUAUAUGCAUGCUUGUGUGUGUGAGUGAAAGAGCACAUCUUGCAUAGCAAUACAGGGCUGAGAAUAUUAAGCUAGUUCUUGCUUGAGUGCUAGGAGAUCAGGUACAGUCACAUCUGUGGGUGCCACGCUUGUACUGUAUAAUAUUUAUUAUAACAACACUGUAUUUCACUUGAAUUAUUUUGUUAAACAAUCAGUGAUUGAAACAAGGUGAAAAUUAUUUAAAAAAGCAUUCAGCAUUAUUUAGGGUGUUUUAUAUGAUGGGAUUCAAUAAUAAAGUAUGUAUUACGUAAGUGGAUUUGUUUUUCUUUACCACAUCGUCACAAAUAGUGAAGUAUGCACUUUGAUUCUUUUGUUAAACGCUAAAAAGCCAGUUUGUUUUAAAAACACCAAACCAGUUGAUUUGUAAUUCCUCCCUUCUGUUUUUGCAAGACAUUCCUUGUUCUUUAAAUCACUGUGUGCCUGUUGGUUUUAAAGCUGAAAUAUAUUUAUAUGUGAAAUUGAUGAAACUAUUGUAUACUUAUGACCAUCACCAAAGUGUUCAUGUACAAUAGCAACACCCCGUGUCCCUCUGUAUCUACCAAAACUUGUUCCCUGGUACUGUGUUUAAACAGAGUAAAUACUUGGUGGGUUUCAUUUUACCGAGAAAUAUAAAAUGCACUGGGAAAGAGAAACUGAAACUUAGAAAUCAAAGCAAUAAGGAAACUAUGCCACCAGAAUUCCAGUAAUAUCUUGUAGGAUCCUUCACCGAUAUCAGCUUAUGAUUGUUAUUGUGAUUAAAGACAAGCUCACUGACCACCUUUAUUAGGUAUGUAUCAUACACUAUGUACAUAUAUGCAAUGAUGGUUGUGUGCCUGGACAGUGUGAGUGUUGUGUUCUGGUUCUCUGUUUGAAAGUGAACACAAGACACUUCAUUUACUGAAUGUAUUUAAAACUUUAUACUCACUGUUGGUUAAGAUGUGGUGGAUAUGAGGAGAAGAAAUUUGACAAAGUUUCAGAAUUUAGCCAGCAAUUUUGUUUACUGAGACCUGCAUUAAUCAGUCUCAAUAUAAAUUGCGUCAUUGGUACAGGAGUUACAGGAGAAACGGAUAAUCGUACAAAUAAAAGGGCUACUUAUGGUUAUGUGCCUGCUGACAUGACCACAGAUUUGCUAAAUUUUCUAAAUUGUCAGAUAUGAAAAGUAUCCAGAUAUAUAAUGUUUUUGUUAAGCCAAAAUACAGCAAAAAUGGAUGUUUUGUCAUUCUAGUACUACAAUUUUCAAAUUUAUGCAAUGGUUUGAUGUAAAAGCCUUUCCUAGCAGCUCUGUAAAAAUGUACGGUCAUCAUACUGAUAUAUAUAUAUAAUUAUUUUUUUAAUGAUUUUGUAUAUAUUGUAAAUUUGUGGAUUUUUUUUGUUCUUUUUCACAAAUUAAACUGAAAUUAAAAACA